AUGGUGCUGCACUUAUUUGUACUUUUGCUAUGGUGUGCUGGAGCUUUUCAUGGAUUCCUUGCUGCGGGAACCUCAGUCACCUGUGGCAAGGAAAAUGUUGCAGCGGUAGCUAAUCUUGGCGUUGGAUACAUCAACUGGAGGCAAAAGCAUGGCUUUAAGUUCAGGCUUGAGGAGAUCCAGGGCAGCAAAUAUCAAAAGGUUUCAGGAGGUUGCCAUAUUGAUGUCAAUGUGAAGCUGGUGCAGACCACAUGUCACUUCACCAACCCCAAACCUGCUGAGCAAUGCGGGCUUUGGGAAAAGUGGGAUAUGGGCGCAGUGGCCACCUGCAGCAUUAAAUUUUGGGUCCUAUGGAGUGUGGCCAGAGUCAUUAAAUACGAAUGCACCACCAGACAAGAGCUGACCAAUGAAGAGUUGGUGAGAACCUGUCCCGACUGCGCUGGGUUGCGCCCUCUGGAUGACCCAACUGCUCUACACGCAGUUAGUGAAGCUGUGCUCAAAUUCAACCGAGAGAACCGAUACCAGAAUAACUUCAUCUUGAUGGAAGUGGAUCAUGUCCAAUCAGUGUAUUACCCGCGAGCUUUCAGCAGAACCUUGGUCCAGUUUGCACUGGUGGAAACCAAUUGUCCUAGAGGGGCCCAGACUUUUGCUCCCUGCAUGCCUCGUUGUCCUGAUGUGGCUACUCAUGCCUUUUGCAAAACCACCUAUGACAACCGCAAACAAAAACUGGAAGAACUUGAGUGUGAUGUGUAUCCACCCAAAAAUCCUACUCGCCACCCGACUGACAUGCCGGAGCCUGAGUGCAAGCUGUUCCACAAGACACCAGAGGCUUUGAUUUGCAAGGACCGGCUGAAGAAUCCUAACCCGUCCAUCCACCACAUUUGUCCCUUCCCGCUAGAGUAA